UGCUGGAGAGGGUGGACUUGGGUGGGGGAGCAGAGAAGUAAACUCUGCAGUUCUGGGGCUGUCAGGAGUCAGUGAGGGGCUGCAGUUCGUGGACAGACAACUCUAGCUCAUCUAUCAGGUGCAGUCUGGACCAAGGGUUUCUUUUAUCUUGCUCUGGACGGACAGUUCCUGUGUGCAAGAAGUAUCAUUAGACAGUUUCAGAUAUUGCAAUCACUUCAAAAAGCCAACAUGAAAGAAGCUGAGAAACCACAUGCAGAGGACAAAUUCUGCGGUAUUUCCAGGCUUAAGGUAUUUCUGCUGGCGCUAUCACUUGCAUUUGUUGGUAAAACAAUGUCUGGUGCUUAUAUGAACAGCAUGUACACACAGAUAGAGAAACAAUUUAAUAUUCCAGCUUCUUUAGUGGGGAUCAUUAAUGGAAGCUUUGAAAUUGGUAACUUGCUGCUAAUAGCAUUUGUGAGUUACUUUGGAGGAAAGCUUCACAGACCCAGAAUAAUUGCUUUGGGCUGCACAGUUCUGUCAUUUGGAUGUCUUUUGAUAUCACUUCCUCAUUUCCUAAUUGGAAGGUAUCAUAUUGAAAGCAGCAUUUCACCAUUGGAGAAUUCUUCAGUCAUGCCUCUGUGCUUUGUUAAUCAAAGCCUGUUCUCUUUACCUACAGAAGAACCAUCAACAGAGUGUGUAAAGGAGUCUGGGUCCUUGCUGUGGAUAUUUGUUAUGGUUGGAAACAUAGUGCGAGGAAUGGGUGAAACUCCCAUCAUACCUUUAGGCAUUUCAUAUUUGGAGGAUUUUGCCAAAACAGAGAAUUCACCUUUCUACCUGGGUUGUCUACAUACAGCAACAAUAAUUGGCCCCUUCAUUGGUUUCUUGUUGGCAUCAUUCUGUGCAGAACUGUUUGUUGAUCUGGAAUCAGUAGAUCCAGGGGAUGUAACUAUAACAGAUACUGAUACCCGCUGGGUUGGAGCAUGGUGGCUGGGAAUUUUGAUUUGUGCAGCACUGAAUCUUCUUGCAGGAGUACCUUUUUGGUUUUUGCCCAAGUCACUUGUGAAGGAAGGAGAAACCAAUGAACCUGAGGAGACGUGUAAAAAGAGGGUAGUACUAUUGCAAGAAAAUGAAAAAAAGGAAGCCAAAGAGACCAUGUAUGAAAUUGCUAAAAAUUUCAUCCCAUUCCUCAAAGCUUUGUUUCUCAACCCAGUUUAUAUGUUAUUUAUAUGCAUAACUGUGCUACAGUUCAGCGCCUUCAAUGGCAUGGUAUCCUUCAUGCCUAAAUAUCUGGAACAGCAAUUUGGAAAAUCUGCAUCAGAUGCCAUCUUUUUAAUCGGUGUUUACAACUUACCAGUUAUAUGUGUUGGGUAUUUUUUUGGAGGCCUAUUCAUGAAGAAAUUCAAGAUAAAUAUCUAUCACGCUGCGCACAUAGCAUUUUGGGUAUCUUUACUGGAAUACCUUCUCUACUUUGCUGCCUAUUGGACUGUCUGUGACACUUCACCAGUUGCUGGCCUAACAGUUUCCUAUGAAGGAAUAGAACAAGUUUCAUAUGCAGAAAGUACUGUACUUGCUGGCUGCAACAGGGACUGUGAUUGCGCACUUAAAAUCUGGGACCCGGUUUGUGGAAAGAAUGGAAUCACUUAUGUGUCGCCUUGUCUUGCUGGGUGUAAAGCCUCAAGAGGAACUGGAAAAAGUGUGGUAUUUGAAAAUUGUACCUGUGUAGCAGCCUCAGAGUUUUCAUAUCAAAAUGCCUCUGCAGUUCUGGGCCAGUGUGACAGAGGAGAAAGCUGUGACAAGAUGCUUCAUUACUUUUUAAUACUGCAAUUAGUCUGCAGCUUCAUUUUUUCCUUAGCAGCCAUGCCUGGGUACAUGGUCUUAAUAAGGUCUCUAAAACCUGAAGAAAAGUCAUUUGGAGUGGGUAUCCAUGAACUAGCUUCGAGAGUAUUUGCUGGAAUUCCAUCUCCCAUUUAUUUUGGAGCUUUGGUAGAUACCACAUGCUUGAAGUGGGGUACUAUGACUUGUGGUGGAGAAGGAGCAUGUAGGAUGUAUAACAUUGUCACAUACAGGUGGCUCUACCUUGGCCUGCCAGCAAUAUUACGUGGAGUAUCCUAUUUCCCAUGUGCACUAAUUCUCUUUAUUUUAAAGAAGAAACUUAAAUCUGAAAGCAAAACCUUGUUAAAUACACCAAUAGAAUUGCAGAAUAAAGGACAAUAAGCAUUGAUAUAGCAUUUCAAAGCAGGAUAUAUUGUGAAAAAAAAAAAAGCAACCUUGCAGUGUAAAUUUUGCAUGUAUCCUUGUGAAAGAUUUCUUACUUUAAUCAGUGAAAUUUUGGACAGAGAUUAAUAGAAUUGCACGUGGUUAUAUCCUAAUUAUAUUCUCACUAGAAUAUCAGUUCAUAAACAAAAGUUACAGGAAAAAUGUAUUUGGUGCAAAAGUACAAGGAGCAGAAAUAUGAAAAUUUAUGAAAUGCCAGGUUUAAGUCAUCUGAGCAAAGGGCUAUGAAGCAGAAACAUAUUUUCAAUCCCGGUUUCAUUGAAGGUAGCGUGAGUUUUGCAACUGACACCAGUGAUGUCAGAUUUUGUUCUGGAAUUCUCCAACAGCUUCUGCUACAGCUUCUCUUACUGACUGUAGGCAGGACUUGUAGCUUUCGUGGACCUGUUUUUUUUCCAUGAAUUUAUAUAAUUAUGUUGUCAGUCUUUUCAGGCAAGGACUGUUAUUCUACACAGUGUAGGUGGUCAAUGUAUUGGGAACCUGGUUUAUGGCAUGACCUGAAUGUUGCAGUAAUAACAACAAAUAAAAAAUAAAAAAUAUAUACUUUCUAAAUGCUGUGUUAUGAUGAUGUUUUAAGGUUUGCAUACAGCAUGGACAAGGAAAAGUUUUCAGGAUUUGUCACUUCAGUUGCUUUCACAGUAGAAGGGAAUAACUUAUACACUGAGAGUGAUAAAUGAUACUUGCAAGUGUUUUGCCCAUUGCACUGCUGUGUGCCAAAUCCUAUACCUUCUCAUGCCUACUGAAAUUAUUCUUUGAAUGAUACAAAACAUUAGUUAUCCUGAUCUUUGUCCAACUUUUAUUUCUGUCAGAUAUAAUGCUAUAAUGAAUGUAGUACCCAUCUGGUGUUCAGCAUCAGUGAGCCAUUGCCCUAAGAUGUCUUAAAUAUCUCAGGAAAAGACCCUAAAUAUCUCUAGAGAAAACCAUACAGAAAACCCUGCUGACAGGGUAUAUAUCACACUAGGUGUUUAUUUGUUUAUUUGGUUGAGUACAGUACAUACAUAUUUAGCUGGAUGUUUGGUUCCAGUGCAGAGGAACUUAGGUCUGUCUGAAAGUGGCCAAGCAAGAACUUCUCAAGCCCUUUUAUUAAAACUGUUGGAACUCCCCAUUAUUCCUCCCCCUAAAGUAUUAUAUUUCCCCCAAAGUAAUUACAUUAGGUUAUAUUCUGUUUUACUUCAGGGUAUCUUAAUAACACCAUGUGUGUAUGUGCUUGGAAUUUCUUCAUGUCCCCCAGAGAAUCAAGGACAGAAGAUCAAUUUCUUUCCAUAGACCAUGAGUUUAGCUCCAGAGUUUAAAGUUUCUUCAAAUACAGUAGGUUCUUAAAAUUAAUUGUACGUUUCUGCUGUUUCCUUGCAUUCUAUCGUCAGUUGCUGGAGAGAAGAGGACAGCACCUACCACUGAGCUUCCCCUCCUCAGGAAGUUGCAUAGAGGUCACCUCUUGGCCUCUUCUCUCCAGACUGGACUACCCAGUGUCAUCAACCUCACCUCAUACUACAACCUGUGGAAGAGGAAUGGAAAAGGAAAACAUGAUGCAGUCUGUAGCAGAGCAGAGCAGAGAAUACAAUUCUCUGUUAUGCCUCAGGUCUUCCAGAGGCUUCCUGAAUAUUUGAAGCACAGCUGAUUUUCAGCAUUGUUCCUGCUGCCCUGGGGAACUUACUGAAAGCCACCAUUCUCCCUUGGGGGUAUUAAAUUCCCCCAAAGCUAGAGGUAAAAUUCUUUUGAAGGCAUUGGCACAGUUUGGUGCCAAGGUAACCUGGGAAACUGAAAAGAUACAGUGCACUGAGGUUUCACAGCUGUAGCACACAAAAGGGCCUUGUUAGGUAGACAAAUCUGUGCCAUUUAAAUGGACUACUGCCAAAAAGUCAGGACUAGUUAACUCAGUGUGUUUGGAAAUGGAAGGAAGCAGACAGGAAAGUCUCCAGGUUUUAAAUUUAGCCUUUUAGUCCACGCAUUCAUUUUCUUUUUAAUUGUUCCAGUUCAUCUGCUUGAGAAUGUGGCAGCAUUACAGGCCACCUUCAACAGAUGUUUUGAAAUCAUUAGCCUGCUACUCAAUCUGUUUACCAACUUAGAAGGUGGUGACUGGAGAGCUGGCAGGAUGAUGACGGUAGAUAGGUUUCUUGGCAUACGUCAAAGGUGGGAACAUUACUACUGCAGAGCAAAACCAGCAAAUGGAGAGUACAUGUCAUUCCAAAGUAAUCAUCAUAACACCUUUAUGAUAUGCUGUGUCUGGUAAAACAAGCAUUCCUGGGAUUGGGUCGGGAGGUUAAAAAAAUAUUCUUGGACCUAUUCCUUCAUAUGUAAAGCCAAACCUUAGACUUGAACCUUCCAAGUUCUGAGCAUGGUGACCUCGAUUCAGGAAAGCAUUUUAGCAUGUGCUUGACUUAAAAAUGAAUGGCCUCAUUGAUGUUUAUUGUUUAGGUAGGCGAUGUUGGAUGUUUGAAGACUGAGCCCCAAGCUGCCAUUGUUUUGACACUCCUUUGAACAGAGGCUACUUGCUUUGCUACUUGCACCACAACUUGCAUCAGCACUGUAGGUAACACAAGCCACAAAUGAGAAUAAUGCCAAUAGAAGUAACUCUAAGUGUAAACGAUUUGUUUGUUUGUUUGUUUUGUUUAAUAAAAUAGUAGCAUGCGAAUGUUUGAAUUGAUUAAGCCCCAUAUCAAAUUGUUAAAAAUAGACAGUAAGAUUUCCUGAGUGCCCGGGAGGUGGGCAGGGAGAUUCCACAGUGCAAACUACCACAAUACUUUAUCACUGAAAUUUCAGCUCAGUCAGUGCCUACAAGUUGAAUUUUGAUCCUUAAACCCACCAAGUGGAAGGCAAGGUUCUGGAUACAGAUGCUGCCUGACAAUGGGAAACAAACGCUCUUCUGGCAGUGUGACCGAUGUUACCAUCUUUGAGAUAAUUUAAAGACAAUGGCACACAAACAUAUAUUUAUCUAGCAUUUUGUAUGCAAUGCCUUUUGUAAUUCCUUAUGUUCCAUUGCUUUUUUUUUUUUUUUGACCACAAUUGGGUGCUCAGCUGUCAAUUUCAAAGAAGAAACCACAAAGUUGCCAGUAUCCACUGGCAACUAUCCAUUUCAGCAGUCCACUGAAAAAUGCCAAUGCUUUACAAAAAGCAUACAUCUGUGCUUGUGAAGGGUAUGUUUCUUUUUUUAUUUACAUUAUUCUGUCUGUAUCAAUUUUUAAUUUCAUCAGUUAUUUUAUCGCCAAGUCUGUCAGUAUUUUAAAAGUCUUUAUUAACAGGUUUAUAUAUAUAUAUAGGAAAAUAUUGUGUCUUAUAUAAAUUUAAUUGUCUCCUUGUUACUUAUAGCUCAUAAGAAUUGAAACCUACUCUUUGUAAACAAUUAAAAAUUGCUGAUGAUGCAUUAUGUUCAAGCUAUUUAUUUUUAUUUAUUUAUUUAUUUAUUUAUUGUGAGAGGGGAUUCCUCACUUACUGGGAAAAAAAUGUUACCUGACAAGUUGAUUUUAAUUGAUGGGCAUA